AUGUCGACUGUUUUAGAGGACGUGAUCCACCCAGAUCAAGCUUGUGCUGUGCCCGGAAGAAAGAUAACAGACAGCCUAGUGCUGAUUAGAGACACCAUCUGUUACGAAAUUCCUGAUGGACCUAGAGAGGGCGGUGUUUUAUUUCCUGUGGGGGUCCAAGUGGGAAAGAUUGAAGAGGGAGGUGGUCAAAAGAGACCGGAAAACGGCGGAAAAGGCCUCCCAGACCCCCACCUGUUUUUAGGCAGCCGCUUCACCGCCCUGCACAUAAAAUAUGCUGUGACCCCAUCCAACGAUAACAAGACGGCAGCCAUGACACGAUUUUGGAUGGGGUCUUAUCUAAGGACUCUUAAGAUUUUACCCGUAGACUUGAAAACACCAGUGUCUUUUAACCUGUCCAAAGAACAUAGUUUUAUAAAAAAGUUUUUAAAGAAAUACCUUUUAGAACAGCAAGAUGUCACCAUUUUAACUAACCACAAGCAUCUCGUCUCUCUUGUGCAGGACCGGGAACCGGUGAGUCCAAUUCCGGGCCUCACACUAAGUGAGGCCAAACAAGUUUGGCGGAAUGCGGCUCACCCCGCUCUCCAGAACAGGCACAAGGACUUAUCGUGGAUGGUGGCUCAUGAGAUCCUCCCGGUCAGGGCGGUUAUGCACUCCAGAGGCAUGGCCAAAAACCCCAUCUGCCCUCGGUCCGGUUGUAAUUCCCCGGAGACCGUCUACCACCUGCUCUGGGAGUGCAGCGCUGCGCGGGACCUGUGGGCCAGAACCUGCCCCCUGUAUUUCCCGUGCCUACCAGCGGGUGGGGCCCAUUUCGGGUACCAGCUCGCCAUCCUUGGGGUGGGCCGGGGCUUGAAGGACUUGUCGGCACAGGAAUUUACCUCGCUCUGGCUCACCCUCAACGUCAUCAAGGAUGCCAUCUGGGCCACCAGAAACCUGCUGGUGGGGAAGCGCGUUACGGUAACCCUCCAUGCAUGCGAGCUAAAGGUAACAUCAAUGCUGCAGGGGUACCGGACGACGAUAUUCGGACGGGGGGGCCGGGGUCGCACGGAGAGGGUCCCGGCCGCCAAACAGCCCUGGCCGCCCGUAGAUGCACCCUCACCAAUCUGGCUACGGGAACAGCGGGCCAGCGGGCCGGAGGAGAGGGGAUCUCCGCUGAGCCCAUAAAGAAGCAUCUUACGU